AUGCAGACCACCAGGAACAAGAGCUCCCCCUGCCCAAGUUUCAGGCUCCGGGAAGUGGCCUCCAUGUACUUCACCAUGAUUAUGGUUUUCCUGGUCAUCCUGGUGGUGGCUCUGCAAGGCACAGCUCCCCGGGAGAAUUAUUUCCCUUACAAGGUGCCCCUGGAUCCCCAGAGUUCGCUGGAGCUCUCAUGGAACGUUAGCUACCCGGAGCAGGUGGUGCAUUUCCAGCUCUUGGUCAAGGAGCCGAAAUUCGGGCUGCUCUUCGGGAUGUCGGACAGGGGCGAGUUUGAGAACGCGGACCUGGCUGUGCUCUGGAGCGACGGGCACCGCUCCUAUUUUGGGGAUGCAUGGAGUGAUGAGAAAGGGCAGCUUCACAUGGAUUCCCAGCAGGACUACCAGCUUCUCAAAGCGCACAGAACCCCCGAGGGACUCUACUUGGUCUUCAAAAGAGCCUUCAGCACCUGUGAUCCAAAGGACUACCUUAUAGAGGAUGGCACCGUGCAUCUUAUCUACGGGAUCCUUGAGAAACCCGUCCAUUCUCUCCAAGCCAUCAACAUCUCUGCCCUCCACAAGGGGCUGCAGAGGGUGCAGCUACUGAAACCCAACAUUAGUACCCCGGAACUGCCCAGGGACAUGAAGACCAUGGAGAUCAGAGCACCUGACGUGAUCAUUCCCAGCCAGGAGACCACAUACUGGUGCUAUAUGGUGGAGCUUCCGGACAGCUUCCCGAGACAUCACAUUGUCAUGUAUGAGCCAGUGAUCACGGCAGGCAAUGAGGCUAUAGUCCAUCACAUGGAAGUCUUCCAGUGUGCUGCAGAAUUUGACAGCUUUCCACAUUACAAUGGGCCCUGUGACUCCAAGAUGAAGCCGGACCGACUGAACUACUGCAGACACGUGCUUGCAGCGUGGGCCAUGGGCGCUCAGGCCUUCUACUACCCAGAAGAGGCAGGACUUGCUUUUGGCGGCCCAGGCUCCUCCAAAUAUUUACGGCUCGAGAUUCACUACCACAACCCUCUGGUGUUUAAAGGUCGCCAGGAUUCCUCGGGGAUUCGCCUCUAUUACACAGCCACGCUGAGACGUUAUGAUGCUGGCAUUAUGGAGCUGGGCCUGGUCUACACGCCGGUGAUGGCUAUCCCACCUGGGGAAGCCGGUUUCCUCCUGAACGGGUACUGCACAGAUAAAUGCACCCAAGUGGCUCUGCCCCCGGCUGGGAUCCAUAUCUUUGCCUCCCAGCUGCACACUCACCUGACAGGAAGAAAGGUGGUGACGAUUUUGUCCCGAGAAGGGAGAGAAAGGGAAGUUGUGAAUGUGGACAGUCACUACAGCCCUCACUUCCAGGAGAUCCGCAUGCUAAAGAAAGUGGUUUCUGUCUUCCCGGGCGAUGUUCUCAUAACAACCUGCACGUACAACACAGAAGACAGGAACCAAGCAACUGUGGGCGGGUUUAGCAUCACGGAUGAGAUGUGUGUUAACUACGUGCACUACUACCCCCAGACACAUCUGGAGCUAUGCAAGAGUGCAGUGGAUUCUGGCUACCUGCAAAGAUACUUUAAUCUUGUGAACAGGUUUAACGAUGAGGAGAUCUGCAUGUGCCCACAGGCCUCCGUCACACAGCAGUUUUCUUCCGUCCCUUGGAAUGCGUUCAACAGAGACGUUCUGAAAUCUCUCUAUGACUUUGCGCCAAUCUCUAUGCACUGCAAUAAAUCCUCAGCGGUUCGUUUCCCGGGCGAAUGGGAGAAGCAGCCUCUGCCAAGGAUCACCAGGGUGCUGCCGGAAUCAGCCCCAAGCUGUCAGCCCGCCCUAAGGCCUCCUCCUGCAUCCCCUGCUGUCGUCAACCUAGGCAGGGUAAAGGCAGAAUGA